GCGAGGCGGGGGCUACUGCCCUUCCUCCCGGCUCCUCCCUCCUCCCUGCGUCCUCCGCCUCCUCCAUCCUCUUGGAGAGGCCGGGUGGGCGGCCGCGCCAACUUCACUGAAUGCCCCAAAGUUGCCGGGUGCGCGUGUGGAGUGAGGCGGGGAGCCCGGUGGAGAGGCGCGGGGCUCCCGGAGCCUUGGCUGCCAUUCAGGAGGCCGCCGCCGACCACUGGCGGGAUCGGGGUCGUGGGCAGGACCGAUCGCUCGCCUGGCGCCGCUUCCCGCCCAGCGAGGGGACCGGCCCGGCCGCGCCUCUCUCCCCGCACUCGCCGGGGACGCAGAGUGGGCGCUGUAGGGAGAACAGCCCCAGCAUCUUCGGAGCGGAGGGCGCAGUUGGGGGCGGAUGCUGCCCGCGCUGGACGCGGGCCUCCGGAGACUCGGAUCCGCCCGCCGAGAGGAGGAGGCUCGGCUAGGGAUGAGGGUGUCCCCCACCGGAAGAGGACGAGUUGGGUCCCAAGCCAUGCCCCCGAGCUGAGUGACUGCAGCCAGCCUGAGGAGCCCCCAUGGCACCACCUCUCCCCAUGGAGAAAGGAUUCAUUUUGCCCCAGGACUUUGUACACAGCCUGAAGAUUCGGGGCAAAUACGCCCUGUUCUUGGCAUUUGUGGUCAUAGUUUUUGUCUUCAUUGAAAAGGAAAAUAAAAUCAUAUCCAGGGUCUCGGACAAGCUGAAGCAGAUCCCUCAAUUUGUGGCAGAUGCCAACAGCACCGACCCAGCCUUGCUCUUAUCAGAAAAUGCAUCUCUCUUGUCCCUGAGCGAGUUGGAUUCCGCCUUCUCCGAGCUGCAGAGCCGCCUGAGGAACCUCAGCCUGCAGCUGGGUGCGGAGCCAGUGAUGGAGGCCCAGGGGCAGGAGGCUGCAGUGGAGAAGCCGUCCCAGCAGGCUGGAGCAGGGCACCGGCGCCACGUGCUCCUCAUGGCCACCACCCGCACGGGCUCCUCGUUCGUGGGCGAGUUCUUCAACCAGCAGGGCAAUAUCUUCUACCUCUUCGAGCCGCUGUGGCACAUCGAGCGGACCGUGUUCUUCCAGCAGGGGGGCGCCAGCGCCGCGGGCUCCGCGCUGGUCUACCGGGAUGUCCUCAAGCAGCUGUUGCUGUGUGACCUGUAUGUGCUGGAGCCCUUCAUCAGCCCGCCGCCCGAGGACCACUUGACUCAGUUCCUGUUCCGCCGGGGAUCCAGCCGCUCGCUCUGCGAGGAUCCAGUGUGCACGCCCUUCGUCAAGAAGGUCUUCGAGAAGUACCACUGCAGGAACCGUCGCUGCGGGCCACUCAAUGUGACCUUGGCGGCAGAGGCCUGCCGGCGUAAGGACCACAUGGCCCUCAAGGCCGUGCGCAUCCGGCAGCUGGAGUUCCUGCAACCGCUGGCCGAGGACCCCAGGCUGGACUUGCGAGUCAUCCAGCUAGUGCGCGACCCUCGGGCCGUGCUGGCCUCACGCAUAGUGGCCUUCUCGGGCAAGUACGAGAGCUGGAAGAAGUGGCUGGCAGAGGGGCAGGACCGGCUGAGCGAGGAUGAAGUGCAGCGGUUGCAGGGCAACUGUGAGAGCAUCCGCCUGUCUGCAGAGCUGGGCUUGCAGCAGCCCGCCUGGCUGCGCGGUCGCUACAUGCUGGUUCGCUACGAGGACGUGGCGCGCAGGCCGCUGCAAAAGGCCAGAGAGAUGUACAGCUUCGCGGGCAUCCCCCUGACUCCACAGGUGGAGGACUGGAUCCAGAAGAACACACAAGCGGCCCGCGACAGCAGCGACGUCUAUUCCACCCAGAAGAACUCCUCGGAGCAGUUCGAGAAGUGGCGCUUCAGCAUGCCCUUCAAGCUGGCACAGGUGGUGCAGGCUGCCUGCGGCCCGGCCAUGCGCCUCUUCGGCUACAAGCUGGCCAGGGAUGCCGCCUCGCUCACCAACCGCUCCAUCAGCCUGCUGGAGGAGCGGGGCACCUUCUGGGUCACGUAGUGGGGGAUGCGCGGGGGGACCCUGGGAAUCCCUUCUCGUGAAAUGCUGGCCCUGCUUCCCUCACACCCAGCCUGGCAGUGAGACACAGCCCUGGCAGGGAGUCAAAAUGGGGAGCGGUGAUGGGAACAUAGGCCCUGGCUGGAACAUAGGCCCUGGCUGUAGCUGUAGGCCUCCGGCCAGGUGGUUUCCCCAGCACAGGCUCAGCUAGGACCUUGGGGGCUCCACUGAGAACAGCAGUACCCUGUCUCCUUGGUGGUACUGGUCAUUCCCACACACCUUAUGACCUACAGUGUCCCAAGCAGGCCCAGGCAGGUUCUUGUGUAUGGAUGGGCACACUUCCCGGGCUCUGUCUCACACUGUCACAGAAACAUAUAUGGAACACACAAAGGCCUGUAGGCUGUGUGGGCCAGAGUUCAAAUAUUUAACAACCAGAAGGGCGUCGCCCUCUCCAGUCACUCAGAUCUCCUACUAUAUUGAGUGUUAACCUUUUCCUCUCUGAGUCAGAAAAGCCUGGGGAUCUGACUGAGUCCUUGGCAGGAGGAGGGCAGCCUGGGAUGAGGAAGGGGACAUUUGAAAGCUCCUGCGGGGACAACGGCUGUUUACCAACUGAUACAAAAUGGUCUGAUUAGCCUUUCUGGUUCUUCAUGGAUAUCAGCUUGGCUGGAACAAGACACAGAAAGUGCACAUAGAGACCAUGCAAGGCUGGGGGUGUGGCUCAGUGGUAAAGCCACUGAGGUCUCAUGCACAAGGCCCUGGGUUUGAUCCUAGCACUACAAAAAUAAGGAAAAAUAAGACAUACAUGUGUGUACAGCAUUAAGAGAGACAGAAAAGCAUCUUAAACUCUCUCUCACACACACUCUCACACACACACUCACACAUAUACAUACUCAGUCACACACACUCACAGUCUCACACACACACACACACACAGUCUCACACACACACACUAAUAUAGAAAGUUUCCCCAUUGUUUUUGCUCACAGUGGUUUUUUUAAUUGUUUGUUUUUGUUUUUGUUUUUCUGUACCACAUAUCUAAACAGGAGCCCUAAAUUACAUUUUUAGGGUUACGUGGUGAGAGAGCAUAUGUAAGGACAAUGACACUUUGCCCAGAGCUGGAAGGGAAUGAUGGGUCUGUGAACCACUGCUAAGCAUCUGGGGUUGCCAUAGCUACCUCCUCCGAUCCAUCCACACGCCACAGCUGGGAAGCAGAAUAUUUAGAGAUGGCAUGGCCUACCUUCACAUGACUGCAGUCCAAAGACCCCCAUCCUGCUCACUCACCUUGAAGGCCGCCUGAGGCCUAACCAGCAGGCCCCAGCUUCCAUCGCUGAAAGCAAAAGACAGCUCAUAGGCCUACUGUUUCCAGCCAGGCCUCAUCUAGAGCCAGCCAAAGUUCAGAGUGCUCUGCAGGGGAAAGCCCACGCCAGGACUCAGCUUCCCUGAGCAGCCUGUCAUUUCCCGCCUAGGUGCCCCAGGUCAGCCCUCAGGUUGCCAUGGUUACAGCUAGUGUCUGCAAGGAAUGUCUACUUUAGGGCUCUGGGAAGAGGCAUGCUCAUCUGGAAAUAGGUGGGUAUUUUAUUGGGGUUUUCUAAGUUAUUUAUGGCUUAGUGCUGUUUUUGUUUUAUAGCUGUUUGGGGCUUUGUUUCUGUAGAAGCACUAUUCAGUGCUGAUUGAGGCUGAUACCAGCAGGGAGCACUGGCUCCUGGUGAAAGGGUAGACCAGAAGGAGGGGACCUCCCCUAGGAGAAUCAGAGUCACUCAGAGCCCCCUAGGGACCUGUAGCUGGAGAGUUUUCUCUCCGGGUCCCCCAAGCCCUGGCAGUCCGACAGCCCACUUAUAAAAUAAACACAUCGACGCUUAUAUUAUUUAAACUGUUUGGCCUAAUGGCUCAGGCUUCUUGCUAACUGUUCUUACAUCUUCAAUUAACCCAUUUCUAUACAUCUAUACCUUGCCACGUGACUCGUGGCUUACCGGCAUCUUCACAUGCUGCUUGCCAUGGCGGCGGCUGGCAGUGUCUCUCUGCCUCAGCCUUUCACUUUCCAGAAUUCUCUUCUCUGCUUGUCCCGCCUAUCCUUCCUGCCUGGCCACGGGCCAAUCAGUGUUUUAUUUAUACAGAACGAUAUCCACAGCAGGGACCUAAAUGCUUUUCUGUGUGAACUCCAUGUGGGAUAACUCUCGGAAGCCACCGUGGGCCCUAGGUCUGUGGCCCGGAUUCCAGUGUUUGUCUCGUGUGUACGAAGCCCUGGUUUAAGUUCUCUGCACAUCAGCUCGGCACGUGAUGGCAUGCAUGUAAUCCCAGCACUCAGGAAAUAGAGGCUGGAGACCAAAAGUUCAAGGUGCAGCUACAUAUGGAUUCAGAGGUCAGACUCUAUAAGACAUCUAAAGCCCCAGCCUAGUGUCUGAGUGUCCAGAGCAGCCUGCACUCCUGCUCCCGAACAGGUCGCCUGAAAAUCCCUUGUAAGCCCCACCAUGUGGCCGAGGGAAGGGAGGCUGGUGCAGAGCCCUCUUGACUAAGCAGUUAGGUUCCCCAGGGCAGAAGCUCUUCCCUCCCUGUGCAAGCCGAGGUAUAGACCCCAGGCUAGCCUUGGAACUUCUGCAGUGGGGGUUGGUUGCCACACUGAUCUUCCUGGACAAUUGCUACAUCUGGCAUGUCAGGGCCCAGGACUGAGCCGGUGAUAGAGUAUGACAGACACUGGAUGUGUAGCACGGAAGCAGGCAGGCACUGGCGUGCGGAAGGGACAGUGGCAGGACACUCCCCAUACUUGGGGGUUAUCUUCCUGCUCAGCUGCUGGGUCCCAAGCAUAGGUGAACUUCAGAGUCAAUCGACCCUCUGCUCUAGAUUCUGACAAUCUGAGAACAAGUGUGUAGAAGACUGGAUCCUACUUGGGGUUGAAGGGACACCAGCUCUUGGUACUUGAUGGGGACAGGAUGUUGUGGGCAGGCUCAGGGGUGCAGAUAUCUUCUCUCCAUGCCCCCCAUGCAGGCCACGUUCCCUUCUCUGCACCACAUGUGAGUGUGGGGGGGUGUUAAGCUGGGAGUUUCCUUCUCUCUCUGUCCCAGGGGCUAAGGCCUCCGCAUCUCAGCUCUCUGAGGACAGACCCCUACAGUGGACCUUUGGGACUUCUCAGGACAUUGACAAUGUCGUGUGCACUGCAACAUGACUUUAUCUUGUGGAAGGAAGAAACAGGACCCCAAACUGUACCCUCGUCAAGAAGUUCAAAUAAUUGUGACAUUAAUAAUAGGAACGAUUCUCAUGCCACACACACACAUCAGAAGAAUAUGCUUGUGUGUGUGUGUGUGUGUGUGUGUGUGUGUGUGUGUGUGUGUGUGUGUGUAGGGGGGGUGCAUUCUGUUCUGCCUCCAGUGAGUCCACACACAGACGCAGCCUCUCUCUGUCACUGACCCAGAUGCUCUCGUUGUGGCCACAGAUAAUGCUCUGAUGCCCCAUUCUGUCACUCUGAGAGCUGACAACCCUGUGUGCAGAGUCUGCAUCGUGGACUAGAAUGUGAAACUCUCCUCCUGGUGACCUGCCUGACUUAUUUAAUUAAAAACGAACAUGCAGUGAA